CUGGCCAAUUACAAGAAAUGGCAAAUUCACUCAUUAACAUUCAUGGCUGAUUGUUUUCACGAAAUGACAGUAAGCCAGUGAAAACAAAGCACUGUCAAAUGUUGAAUCUCACAAUGAUUUUUCUGCGUUUCUUAAAAAUUCCCACUACAGCAGCAGGCUCUAGUAUAAUGAUUCAUUGUAUAAGUUCUAUUACAGUAAAUGCAUGCUCAGCAAAUAAUUAUCCCAAAAAGACAUCUUUACUGUAAAGUAGAUGGCAGGGUUUUUUCUUUUAACACAGAUAUGGUGCAUUUUUAGAAACUAUAUGGUUAUGUUUUUCUGAGUAUGCUUUCUAGUUUGUGAUUAAUUUACAGUGACUAGUGAAAGAUAAGCAAUAAGUCUACUCAUCUCUUUAGACUUUCUCUUUAUUUUUUAAUAAUCUUGGCCCUUUGAGUUAACUCACCUAUGUGUUACCUGCUAGUUUUACUCUCAUGUUAUUGUGAUGCAUGUGACACUUUCCACCCACCAGCGUAUGUGUUGUUGCCCUACAUGUCUAAAGGGGGUGUUGGUAGUGGGAGUCCGUGAUGCUGCUUCCUGUCUCCAUUGCACAUCAGAAUUUCCCUUUCUGCCCACCCACUUUAGUUUUGUGGUGUGCAGUGGGUCGCUCUAAGUUAGUCUGUCUCAGUCGUGUGUUGGUGUCAUGUUGUUCUCGUGUCAAAACAACUGCAUUCACUGUUUCUGAAUUGAAGUAGAGACUAGAUGCUCUCUAGAGGAAAACUGACAGACAAGAGAAUAUUUUGUAGACAUCACACCAUAGCGCACUGAUGAAGGUGUUGAGUGGCCACGUUGUGACAAAAUCCCAGUCUGAGGACAGCAUGGACCUACUCAUCAUGCCAGCCUCAGCUGUUCAUAUGAGUACGGGACUUCCCCAACAUAAGAAAACAUAUGAGAGCAAGUUCACAAACUCCUCCCACACUGACAAUAUCAACCGAAAGCGCUGGAGGAGCCUUUUGCAGCGGGUAAACAGAAAACAGAUGGAUCCUGGUCGUGCUACUCAGCUUCAAAAGAAGUCACUUUUCGGUCGAGCUUUGUCAGAUGUUUGUGAAAAAAAUGGCAAUCCCCCAAAUCCCAUUAUGGAGAUUCUGUUAGCGCUGUGCAGAAAGGGCCCAUACACAGAAGGGGUGUUCAGGAAAGCUGGUAAUGCCAGGGCUCUGAAAGAGAUCAAGGAGCAACUCAACAAUGGUGUGGAAGUGGAUCUGAAAAAUAAGCCUGUGAUCUUACUAGCUGAUCUCCUCAAGGAUUUCUUGAGGCACCUGCCUGGCAGUUUGCUAAUGGUGGAUCGGUACCAGGCCUGGAUGACAGCAAUGCAAAAGCAGGAUUUACAUGAAAGGUGCACUGAGCUCCAAUUGGUGAUUAAUACUCUUCCAGAGCCAAAUAUUGUCCUCCUGAAACUCCUCAUUGUUUUGCUGUACCACAUAUACGCCAAUACAGAUAGAAACAAGAUGGAUUCCAGCAAUUUAGCUGUUUGUGUUUCACCCAACUUGCUCCAAACUGACAUUGCAAUGCUAAAAAAUGUCUCAGACCUGACUCAGUUCCUCAUUGAAAACUGUUGUGAAAUAUUUGGAAAGGAUGCACUGACACUUCUUGGGGACCCAGAAGAGGAAGAACUCAAUGAUAAACAUGAUUCACUGUCCUCACUCCAUCAUGAUUCUGCCUACGACAGCAAUGACCCUGACAUGGAUGGGUAUAAAGGGAGCUACACAGAAAUGCACACCUUCCAUUCUGAUACCGAAGAGAAAACUCUGGAUCGCUUUCAAGUGACCUCCUCCCCUGAUGCUGCGAAACAAACUAGCAAACCUUUUAUUCGCAGGUGCUCUGAGCCAACAAUUGUCUUCAACAAAAGUGAUCGAAACCAGCCUGCCCUAACCAGGAGUCACACAGAUAUGGACUUUUAUGGACAUCUUUUGAAUAAACAGAUCUCAGAUGAAUGUGUUUUGUUUGGGACGGGCAAAAAGUUGAUAUCUGUGCAUAAGAACAUCUAUAUUUCAUCUCCAGGUGAGCUUCUCCAGCGUACUUCUAAAGACUGCUCUUCUAGUUCUCUGGAAAGCACCUUCUCCAGUGCCUCAGAGAGCUCCAUCCAAACUAGCUCCCCUAUUAUUUCAUCUUCCAAUCAUAGACAGGCCGUCCAACGUAAACUGUCUUUCCCCAGCCAAUCAAAGGCACAUGGAAAUGUGCUUGGUGAGGCCACCAAGAAACGCUCACAAUCAAUGAAAGCCCCAAAUUCUCGGACUAAGAUUUGCUUUUCUCGAGGUGGCGUUAGCAAACGAGCUCAGAAAGUCUUACGCCACAGCCACACUCUCCCUGAAGUGCUGCCUCUCGACAGGACCUUCCUCGUGUCACCAAAGCCCCGACGAUUGUCUAGUGAAGAAGUGUUCCAGCAAGUGGACAGCAGGAUUUUGAGUACUCCUCCAUCCUAUGAGCAGGCAAUUCAAGAUAAUGCUCACACUGUGCUUUCACUCUGCAGCCCAUUGACUGUUGACGCUGCCAGGUGUCUGUCAAGGCACACAUGCAGUCAGUCCACAUUCCCAACUGCAGAACCAUCAAAUUCCUGCUCGGUGAAACAUAGCAGUUGCUGGGGUGGAGAGAGGAGCAAUGUAUUGGCCGUGUCACCUACCCCACCAGAGUCACAACAGGGGACUGUAUCAGAGACUAAAUCUGAAUCUAACAGUGGCCCGUCGCACUGUUGUAGUCAACAGCUGUUGGAGACUUUGGAUGUCAGAGAGUCAUAUGUGUGACGUGUUCUGUUUUGUUACAUGUUUUGUUACAUGUUUUGUAAAUCUGUGAGACAUUUUUCUACCAAUGUUUUGUAUUUUGAAGCAAAAAGAGUAUCUGUGAAAUAACAAGCACUUCUAAGAAGUCUGUCAUUGUAUAUAUAAUUUCUAUAUAAAAUGCAACUUUGAUCA